AUGAGCUCAUUCCUCAUGGGUUAUCCACAUGCGCCACAUCAUGUCCAGAGCCCCAUGUCCAUGGGUAAUGGCCUAGAUCCCAAGUUCCCGCCGGUUGCCGAUGACUAUCAUCACUACAAUGGUCACUAUUCCAUGACCGCAUCGACGGGGCACAUGGGCGGCGGUGUUGGUGUUGGUGUUGGUGUUGGUGUUGGUGCUGGUGGUGGGGGUGCUGGGCUUGGUGGCGGCGGCCCUGGCAUGUCUGGUCACCCGCACGCCACGCAUCCGGCGGAAAUGGUCAAUGAUUACAUGGCCGCCGCCGCGCACCACCACAACCAUAACCCGCUCACGCACUCGCACCACCACAGCAACAGCCCGCUCUCUGGCCACCAUCACCAGAACGCGGGCUACGCGACAAACUAUGCCACAACGCCGCCCACGCAUCAUCCGCAUCCGCACCAGAGUCUGGGCUAUUAUGGGCACCAUGCCGCGGCGGCAGCCGCUGCGGCUGUGCACCAUGCGCCCGAGUACAUUUCCGCCGGUGUGGUGCACUCGGAGGCGGGUUACGGACCGCCGCCGUCGGUGAACGUGCCAAACAACAGUAGCGCAAAUGGCUCCAAUGGAUACUACGGCGGCUACUAUGGCACCACCAACGGCAGCGUCGGCAGCACCCACUCCCAAGGCCACUCGCCGCUCUCCUCACAGAUGAUGGACCUGCCACUGCAAUGCUCCUCAACGGAGCCGCCAACAAACACCUCAUUGGGUCUGCAGGAGUUAGGCCUAAAGCUAGAGAAACGCCUUGAAGAAGCCGCACCCACCGGUCAACAGCUGCAAGAGGUGCUACACUGUGAUGAUAUGGGAUCGGAAAAUGAUAUGUCUGAAGAGGAUCGUCUGAUGCUCGAUCGAUCCCCAGACGAGUUGGCGUCCAACGACAACGAUGAUGAUCUGGGUGAUUCAGACAGCGAUGAUGAUCUGAUGGCCGAGACAACCGACGGGGAGCGCAUCAUUUACCCAUGGAUGAAGAAGAUUCAUGUAGCGGGCGUUGCGAACGGCUCGUAUCAGCCGGGCAUGGAGCCGAAACGCCAACGCACCGCCUACACACGCCACCAGAUACUCGAGCUGGAAAAGGAGUUCCAUUACAAUCGCUACCUGACCCGACGGCGGCGCAUCGAAAUUGCCCACACGCUGGUGCUGUCGGAGCGCCAGAUCAAGAUCUGGUUCCAGAACCGGCGCAUGAAGUGGAAGAAGGACAACAAGCUGCCCAACACGAAGAAUGUGCGCAAGAAAACGGUCGAUGCCAAUGGCAAUCCAACACCGGUAGCCAAGAAGCCCACAAAGCGCGCCAGUGCCAAGAAGCAGGCCCAGCAGCAACAGCAGCAACAGCAACAACAACAGCAACAGCAGCAGCAACAACAAACGCCGGUGAUGAAUGAGUGCAUACGCUCCGAUAGCCUAGAGAGCAUUGGCGAUGUCAGCUCCUCAUUGGGCAAUCCGCCGUAUAUUCCCGCCGCCACGGAGGCGGCGAAUCUAACGUCAUGUGGUAAUGCGAGCAAUGGCAAUGCCUACGCUGGAUCUCAGCAGCAUCAGGUGCAUCUCAGCAACAACAACAAUAAUAAUAACAAUAACAACAACAGCAGCAACCUCAACAACAAUCAAAUGCACUCGGGUCUGCACCAUCAUCAACAACAACAACAACAGCAAUCCGAUCUCAUGACCAAUCUGCAGCAGCACAUCAAACAGGAUUAUGAUCUGACGGCGCUUUAGGAGAACCCACACACGCCCCCAGCUCAACCAUGUACAAUGAGUCCUUCAGUUAGCCCCGCAAUACUUUCCGGCACCCACUUCCUAAGUCUUAAGUCUCAAUCGUAGCGAAAUCCCCCUUUUUUAUACACCCGGCGAUACCACAAGGUCACCGGGCAAAUUCGGAGUAUACAGUGAAAAAUAUUACUUAGUUAAGCCCAAAACCAACGACCACUGGGCAACAACUUAGGCUUAUGUAACGUCCUCCUCCCCAUUCUACCUUAAUAUAAAAGGAGAACAUUGUAAAUUAGUGCUACUUAAUUAGAGGUACGUUUUGUAUAAAGCAUAGCAAAUUAUUUGUAAGCAGAAGCCCAAUUUGUCAUAGUUGUAAGUGGAAUAAUAGUUUAAAGAAAUGUAUGAUUAAAUGUAUAAUUAUUAUUAUUAUUAUUAUCAUUAUUAUUAUUGUAUCUAACUAGUUGCAUCUGUUGUGCGUAGAUAUAUGUAAGUUCGUGCGUAUAUUUUAUGGAUACAACAACAAACAAACAUUUAUAAGUACAUAAAUAUACCUAGACAAUAUAAAAACCAAAUAAACCGAACAAAUUUUACUUGGAGUUUA